CUUUCCAUGCUUUACCAACAUCCGCUUUGCCCUUGAUAGUAAGAUUUUCAUCAUUAUUUGUUGUUACACUGUCUAUCUGGACAGUAAAAUAUUUGGAUAAUUAAAAAUGAGUGAAAAAGAUCCCCCAGCUUAUAAUCCUUAUUCGACAUCGGAUCCUUCUAUGAAUGUACCAGGUAAGGAAGACUCUGAGACUGAGUGAUUAGAAGUAGUAGUAACUUUUACUUUUUAUUUUAGUGAGUUCAUCAAUUCAGUAGUUCAUGAUCAAUGAAUGCCUACUUUUAUAAAAAUGUUAUAUUAUUAAAUUAAAAUUAAGUCCGUACUAGGUGUCCAGUCCAAAAAUAAUGAUUAAUUAUGAUACGGAUACUGUGACACUUUUUACUUUAACUUUUAAGUCACGAUAAGUUAUGAGUAUGAGGGAUUCAAUUGUCAACUCAGUGUUUCUUACACUUGCUGAACUUGCUGCUCACUAGUCACUUACUCACAAUAUCAAUUGAUCUCUAAUACUCUAAUUUCUUUUCUACCUAGUUCAAGUUACACUGAACUGUAACUUUGUCAAAAAUGAUGGUCACAUCAUCAUAACUUGUAACUUAGUUACUAGUAGGGGUGUGCCGGAUCCGUUUUUUCCAACCGGAUCCGGAUCCGGUUUUUCUUAUGCGAAAUCCGCCGGAUCCGGAUUCCGGUUUCUCCCGGAUUCCGGAUUUUGGUACUAUUGGUAGAUACUUCGGUAAGUCAAGGUGGACUACUACUUUUUGUGUAUGGGAAUUCGCAAUCGGCGCCAAAAAAUCCGAGUUUUUAAUUUUCCGAUGUGUGUGUCUAUUUAUUAUUAAAUUAGUACUUUCGAUAUAUAUUUGAGUUCCGUUCCAUUUGGAUAAGUGUCUUACGAGAGACGCCAUGUUUCUACGCGUUCGCAGCAGGUUAUGCAGCUCGCUCAACCUAAUUUCGCCAUGGGGUUGGCCACGCCCCCCUUUUUAAUGGCGGAAGUUGACGAUACUUAGGAAAUAUUAAUUUAUUAUCACUAUUUACAUCAAAAUAAUUGAUAACUUGUGUUUCAGAAUGCAUUUAAAGACAUUUAAACUGGAAUGUUUUAAUUUGAGCUUUAACAACCCGGUAGAAUCCAUAUUAUAAAUGAUCAGAAUUUACCGUGUGCAACACGUUGUCAUUGGCAACCAUUCACAGCCACUUGCAUAACUGUAUCGUAGUACUACCUCAGAGUUUCAUUCAUAAGAGUUUGCCGUGUGCAAAAACUAUUAAACCAUUGGUCAGGGAAAGCUUUAAUUAAUUAUUCAUGUGCCAAAGUUGAAAGUUUAAACUAAGUCUAAACAGUAUUUUAGUGAUAAGGCAGGGAAUGCGUUGCCUUAUAUAAACUAUAUAGUCAUUGCGCAUGACGGGAUUGGUGGAAUGAGAUCACAGAAUGUGGAGAUGCAGUCCAUGUUAAAAAAUGACAAACCAAGUCGUACUUUAAAAAUUCAUAACUUUAAAACUACAACAGCUAAAAAUAUGAUUUUGGUGUUAUAAUUCUUUAAAAAAUUACAUCUUUUCAACUAUGCCAUUGGUUUAUUUUUACAAAAAGUUUAAAUUUUCUUAUCAAAGUCCCUACACUAUUGGCCACCAUUAGCGGUGCUGACUCUAGCCUCUGGUAUGUACGGAAUAUUAAACAUUAAACAAGCUCAACGCUCGAAACAAUCGAUUAAUGUAUCGUGAUCGUGUGAAAUUCGGGAAAGAGAAUUACUUUUAUUUCAGAUUAUGAUCCGGUGAGUCACAAAAUCUGGCAAAUUCCGAAAUCCGGUAUAUUCCGGAAUCCGGUUGUUCCGGAUACAUGUAAAUCCGGCGGAACCGGAUUUCACCGGAUAGUGCAAAAUCCGGCGGAACCGGAUUCCGGACCGGGGUCCGGCACACCCCUAGUUACUAGUACCCUUAAUAUCGUUGCUGUUUAAACUUAAAGAUAUUGAAUAUUGUAGUAAUACAUAAUAUCAUUUUGUUCAUUUAAUAAAAAUCCUAGGCCUAGAUAUCGGAAUUGAUUUACUUUUUCAAAAGAGCGGUUUCUAAUUUUAAUGGCUUCAUCUGUCUGUUCAUCUGUUAUCAUUGUCAUUGUUGUCAUAGUCAUGUAUUUUGUUUUUGGGUUUCAAUCUUUCAUCCCUGCUUGUAGUGAUGCGUCUUCUAAUUCAAUAAUUGAAUAAAGGCUUUUGAUAUGUGGUCAUCAGCAUAUGCAAGAUACUGCAGAUGUUGAUUGUAGAGAGUGCCUAUUGUUUGUGGGUCUUGGGUCUCCCUCAGAAAGUAUCUUGCUAUUGUUCCUCCAGUGUUAACAUGUGUUUCUUAUAACUCUCACUAAUGUUAGUGUUAGGUUUUAAAUAGCAUACAAGACAGUGAGUCUCCUUGUCUUAGGCCUUUUCGAAUCUGAAAUUCCCUUGAAUAUUCUUCUUGAACCUUGAUUUUGCUUUAUGAUUUAUUUACUUUUACAUGUAUUGUUGAAAUCUAAAUAGGGUAUUAUUUAACGAAGUGUCUACACGCCCGGCGCGCCGGACAAAUAGUGAGUGAGAUAUACGUCAGGCGGCAUGUCACGUGACCGCAGGACGGCUAGUAGUUGUUAUUAUUCUGAACGAAGUGCAAUUAGGCAGAUAUUGUGUGGUCUUGUGGUAGAGUGGUCGCUUGACGUUAUUAUUAUUUGAGGAUCAAUACCUGGUAUAGGAUUGGUUUUUUUUCCCAUUUGAAUUUAAAAUAUUUUAUACUAUAUUUAUAGUAUCAUGUUCAUCAGCAAUAGUAGUUUCAUGAGAAGUUUUAAAAUAUCUUGUAGCAAUUGAAACAAUUUAAAAUGAAAUCUUUUACUUUUAUUGGUGGUCUACUCCACUGGCCCCUAAUUNAUAGCAUCAACCUUGAACUUUUAAUAAAGCACGCAUUUGGAUUGGUUACAUUUGUGAAAAAUAUAUGUGUGAUCGGUUAUUCUUUUAUGAAUCUCGGUUUUUGCGAGCAAUGUGUGCCCUGUAAAUAUGCAAUUUUUCAAUCGGAUGUCACCCGGUGCGGGCCGCACCUGCCUCGCUACGCCACUGACUCCACUGGCUCCUAAUUUAUUUUAUUCGAUUACUGGUACACAAACUCAAAUAACAAACUUAAUCAAAAAUGUUUACAAGCCACUUUCACUUAAGUUUUUUUCUAUUAUUUGCAUUCAAGAUACUCAGUACAUUACUUGGUAGAGAAAUAGAUUUUAAAAUUAACAAUAGUUUUGAAUCAUUCGCAUUCAUGUGACAAGGCUGAAUGACAAGAUAUCUCUCGCCACUUUGUUACAGCGGUCAUGUGACUUGGUCGCCGGACAAAUAGUGCGGGAGAUAUAUGUCCGGCGCGCCGGACGUGUAGACACUGCCAUUAUUUAAUUAUAUCCACUAGUCACUUAGUAAUUAGUAACAUUGAACUUACUUCAGGAAUCAUCCAAACAAAUAUAAUGUCAUACAUGUCACAAUCUUUUGGACCAUUUUUUACCUUCCCUCUCCAUCUUAGAAGUCAUUAAAAAAAAGAAUUAAAAUUAAACACUUUGUCAUUGUGAUGUCACAAAUACCUAAUUUAAAAGUCAAAAUUUAAUACUCCCUCCCUUGGCUGCCAGGGCUUUGUGAAGGAGGCACUUACCUUGCAUUCCAACUUGCCAACCUUAAGAGGGUGCCAAAAUCAUAAUUUUUCAUGCAAAAUAUGUGUAUUAUUUUAUACUUUUUUUGGAUGACAUGGUUAGCAUACAAUUAAUUAAAUGAUAGCCUACUGUUCAAAUAAAAAAUUAAUAAAUAUUAACUACCCUUUGUAAUGCUGUAAUGAAACAAUUAAAUUUAUGUACAAAUCACCACUUAUCAGAAUAUUUCACAUUACAAAACUUUUGCUCUAAGGGUGAUCCUAAAGAAUAGUUAAAAUCACCCGCACAAUAAUACAAAAGAAUUCCACAGCAUAUUAUAUUUUACUAACUUGUUCUCAAAAGAAUAAUUCCAAGUAAUAACAAAAAAUUUCUAAAACUUAAUAUAUUUGACUUACCAGACUCUAAAAAUUCAUUAUAAAUGACCUCAUUUAUAUAGACAAACCCAUCAAAAUAUCAAAUUAGUGAGAAUCACUGUUAAUACAAAAUUGUAUUGCUUAUUUAUUUUUUUUGGCAGAUAUAGUAUAGCACCAAAUUAAUUUUGAGCUUUGAAUCUUGAAAAUUAUUCAUUUAAAAUUAAAUAUCCUAAAACAACAGUGGACAUUUAGGGGUAUAAUUAAAUUCCCCAAUAUCUAAUUAAUAAAUAAUAAAGUGUAAAUUGUUUUUGUAGGAGGUGUUUAGUAGGUCCUUAGAAAUUUAUUUAUACUAUUAACUUAAAUUUUAGGUAUCAUUUUUUUUUGCAUACUGUUAGAUCAGUCUUUUGUUACGUAUUGUUUUGUCUAUGAACCAGCUAUUAAUACAGAUUUAAUCUUUAUAACCAUAACAGUAUAUAGCAUAGAUUUAAGACAAUUUUUGAUGGAAAUGAGGUGCUCUACAUUUUCUUUGUCUCAGGGCUUCAGAUACUCUGGUGCUUGCAUGAAUAGCUGUCUGUAAAUUCAGCAUUUUUUGGUCUUCUUCUUUUUCUUCUAUGUAUUAAGGGCCCACUAUCAAUUUAUUGAUCAUUUUGGCUCCUUUACAUGUAGAGGGGAUUUGCAAUGUUUCUGUGCCUGGUGUUGAUGAGAAUAUUUCACUGAUUGCAAGUGCUACUUUGUGAGGGAAUCAUGCACUGGGGGUUGGAAGGCUUGAGGCAAUAGAUGCAAAUGUGUCUAGUGUUGUUGUCUCAACUGUUCCUUUUGAAAGCUUGUUCCAGUCCCUGAUUGUCUUUGGCAGGAAUGAGCUGUUCCUAUUCUGGCUUCUUGCUGGUAUGAGCCGGAUUUGCCUGUCAUGGCCUUGUCGCUGUCUAUGGGGGAGAGGGACGAGUUUCUGUUUAAUACUGGAACAGUGGACUAGCCCAUUAUUUAUCUUGUACAUUGUCGAGAGCCUGGAUAGUCGUUGUCGUUCCUCCAAUGGUGACCAGCCUAGUGUUUCCAGCUAGCUGCCAACACUAGAAGUAUUCCUGUAGCGGUUCAGGACAAAGCAAGCUGCCCAUCGCUGGACCGCCUUCAACCUGUCUAUGCUCUUCUGGGUAAAUGGGUCCCAGACUGAAGAUGCAUAAUCUAAAACCGGACGGACAAAGGCUUUAUAGGCUCUUUCUUUCACACAGGAGCUGCCAAUCUUUAGAUUACGCCCCAGGGUCUUGUUUGCCUGGUUACACACAUUGUUAAUAUGGUCGUCCCAGUGGACCGCUCUUUGAAUGGUAACACACAGGUACUUUACAGAGGAAACUGGCUCAAGUAUAUGGCCAUGCAGUUCGUAUUGGUAGUGUAAAGGAGUACAACUUCUAGAGACUGAUAGUGUCUGGCACUUGGCAGGAUGAAAAAAAUAUGUCCCAGCUCAUCUCCCACUCAGCUAACCGAUUGAGAUCCUGUUGUAGAUCCUGUCUGAAAUUUACUCCCAUGGUAAACUGUGAUACCAGUGACCAUUAUCAUUAUGUUACUUAUUUUUCCCACUGUAGAAUUAAUUUGGUAAAUACAAUUCAAUUUAUCGUAAUGCUUUCAUUUGUUCUUAGUUACCACAGGGGCAGCGGGAGCGCUUAUGUCUCCAUACCUCAAUUUUAAUCCAGCUUAUAUUGGACCAGUAAGUUCUAAAUUGUUAUUUUUUUAAAAUGUAUUUAUGAACAAAAACAUGAAUAGAGUAGAGUUAAUGAUCUUAGAAAAUGUAAGACAAUAAUUAUCAAUAAUUUUUACAAGGGAUUUAAAAUGGACUUGUGAUCUUCAGUUUGAUAAUUUCAAAAAUCAUUUUCUAAUUCCUCUCAGAAUGAUGCAGAUUCACAAUUUAUUUUCCCGGAAGGGGCCGCAAGAACUCGUGGCCGCUUAGAGCUGUCAUUUUCCCAAAUUGGGGGCUCAGUUUUUGUGGGUAAGUUUUUUUUUAAAGGCAGCAACUGCAUUUCAUUAGGAAUGGUAUUUAAAAAAAUACAUCACUUAAAAAUAGUCCUUAUAAUAACUUUUCAUAUGUAUGUCAUAUUUCUAAAAUUAUCUUUUUUAUAAUCCACUGAACAUUCCUAUAGCCUUUGGAAUGUCAUACACUAACAUGUUGUUGUGAAUAGAAAGUUUUCAUCCUAUUUUGUGCAAAUCACCAAUUUAAAAAUAUAUUUUUAACUUUUUUACUGACAGGAGCUGCAGUUGGUGGCUUGAAUGGAUUUUACUCAGGCAUAAAAGAUGUUCAGGCUAGGCAGUUAACAGGGGCAAACAGAAGGACUCAGUAGGAAUCUUUGAUCACAAUAAAUUUUAAUUUGUAAAAAUUAUUUUAUUCUCAAGUUUUAAAGUGAGUUUUUGAUUGAUACAACAUAAUUAUAUAUAUAUAUAUAUUUAUAUAUUUUUUUCUUUUUUCUUCUUCAGGCUCCUGAAUUUUAUCACAAAAGGUGGUGCAUCCACUGCACAAACACUUGGAGUUGUUGGUGAGGCCAUAUUAGAAUUUAUUUGACCCGGCUCCUGAUAUUUUUAAUACGUUCUGGAACACCACAUUAAAUCUUCAAUUUGGAAAAUUUUAGUUUAAAAAAUACCAGAAUUAUUUUGCUAGAUCUCAAAUAUCAGGAUUUUAAGAAGCUAUCCUUAACUCUUUCUCUCCGGAUUGACGAUGGGUUCAUCGAUGCACAAAAACCUGUUUAUUUCUUAGCUAUUGGUUUUUAAUUACUUUAAAUCAAAUCUAGAAUGAUUUCCCUUUGAUAAACAUUCGGUUUUCCUUUAAUUCAACUAGUUUGUACAUAGGACGAAGUGUUUGAAGCUUAGUUUUGAUUGUCCAUUUUAUUUUUGUUUACCAACAUGAAAUCUUGACCUGACCCAUCUGGCGAUCGAUCUAAUAGAGGUUGAAAAUAUUACUCUGAUGAGGAUUUAGACAGUGAUUUUAUGAUUUCGGAUGCAGAAGCUGAUUCUAAUGAAUUGUUUAAUUCAGACCUGCCAACCCUUCUCAUUUUGUCGGAAUUAUACGGAUUUAAAAUUCUGAUUUUUCGAACUUAAUUAAAAAUAAAAAAAAUGGGGUAUUGACUGGAAGCGCUGCAUUCGUUUUUACGAAGUGUCUACAUGUCCAGCGACCGGACGAAUAAGUGAAUAAAUUCUUGAGAUAUUUGUCUGGCUAGUGUUUAUUCGACCAAGUCACAUGACCACCGUAACAGAGUUACGCAAGACAUUUGUCCGUCAGCCUUAUCAUGUGACCGCUAAUUGUCGAUCAGAGUUUACGGUCCUUCAUUUCAACAAAUUCAAGAUAGUCUGGGCAUUUACACGAAAAAGAAAUAUGUUUAAUUAUAAAAAAGAAAUACUAGAACCAUAUACAAUGAACAAUUGGUUAAAAAGUGACAGUGUUUUUUAUAUUAUAAAGCGUGGCACGCCUGCCGGAUAAAUAUCUCCCGCACUAUUUGUCUGGUCGCCUGACGCGUAGACACUGCCUUGUUUUUAUUGAAGCGAACCGUGAUCUUCAAAUCAUUCUGCAAUCAUCAAUUGAUCCGAUCGCGAUUCAUCCUUUUUACAAGGCUAAAAAAUAAUUCCAACUUUUUUUUGUUAAAGGUUUUCUUAAUUAAAUGAUUAAAUUAUUGAAAGUGAAGGGUACAAUGAUGUUUAUAAAUUAUAAACAUUGAAGGAAAUAUUUCUCUAGCCAACUCUGAUCGUUUUAAUUUUAAUGCCAGAGGCAAAGAAAUGUUUCCAGACUUACAGAAUGCUAGAGGAUUGUAAAGAAAAAUUACAAUGAAACAAGGGAAAGCAUGAAAGUUGAUACUUUUUCUAACUUGCUUGUAACUAAAAAUCAACUGCAAUGCUAACCUUCAGUUGUCCAAAGUCCAAAGAGCUGUUGGACAAGUGCAAAAAGGCCACUAUCACUAGGGAUAUGCUGGAAUACUGAACUCUUACUAAGAGUCUUAGCAGCAGUGUGUGUGUACAUAUGUAAAUAAAAUGGAUCUUCUGUUCUGUACAGUAUAUAUCAGUAUAUAAACAUUUCCAGUAAUGUUUACCUCAUAUUCUGUAGUGUUCUAUGGACCCUUCAAAGGCAAUGGAGGUAACUUUAUAUUUCUUUAUUUACUAAAAAAGGCGUGUGCAUUAGUAUAUAGAUCUUAAACCAACCCCCCAUGGGGGCGCCUAUCCUGGGGGGCAGCAGUCCCACUUCCCCCCUGCGUGCAACCCCCUUCAGAUUUUUUUUCUUGGCAGGUUGGCAGGUCUGUAUAAUUAUAUUAGUAGCACUAGAAACGAAAUAAUGAAAUUGUUAAUUCAUCAGCUGAUGAACAACCAGCCCCACACCCAGCUAAAGUGCCUUCUAGAAGAUCUAAUACUGUUCCUACACUAAAUAAUGUAGAUUCUAAAAGGAAAGCUGCUGAUCUUAGCACUAAAACUGAGUACAAUUUCAGAUAUUUACCUUUAAAAAAGUUAGGUGUAAAUUUGGCGCUUGUAUUGUGACUAGUAAGUCAAAGGACCUUUUACUUUUCUAGACACACAUGUUAUACACAAGCUUGUACUCCCAAUAAAUGAGUAUGCUUCUUACAGAAUUAAAAUCAACACUCCAACAUGCAAGACAUCUAUUUUUAGAGUUUGGAAACUUGUCAAUAAUUUUGACCUACAAAUUUCUAGCAAUAACAAUGAUGGGGAUGAACUCUCAUCCAUUUAGUUCGUGACUAAUUGGUCAAUGGGAUGCAUACAUUGGUAUGUCACAAUGUUUCAGAGAGAACAAUUCUCUACAUGCUACAAGAAGUAAAUGUAAAAUGUAGCCUUUUAUAAGGUGACAAGGCCAGAAGAUCAAAGAAAACCCAGAAAAGUAACCCUUAGAAAUUCAAACUACAACUUGCGGACAUGUAAACAGAAUAUGCUGCAACCAUUAUUCCAGAGGGGGAAAAAUUUGGAAGUACCAGGCCGUGGACAUCCCUGUGCCACUGAGAGACUUAUUGGAGCAAAACAUGUGCCUAUUAGCUCCAAAAAGGACAGUGUUCAAACACUGUAGAACAGGGUGAACUGUACCGCUAUACGUUUGUGCUGGAUGUGAGUCAAAUCAGCUGAUCCAUAGAGAUUGUUUUCAGGCUUACCAUAGCUAAACGCAGAUGAAAAGAUAUGAAAAACCAUAAUAAAUGUUAAUACUUACAAGGAUGCAGUGCAAAUAUUUUCUAAUAGCUACAGGUUGCUUCCAAUGGAAAUGUCAGACAUUUUUGUUGUGGUGGUGACAAUGGAUAAUGUGCUGUGGUGUUUCAUUUUUUUCUUUUUUUCAAUGUGAUCUUUAUUAAUUGUGAUGCACAUAUGGAUAUAAUUCAGAAAAAAAAUAUUUUUGUUACACUUUGGAUUAUAAAUUUUGCAUUGUGUGACUUGGAAUGAGCGUUUUGUGAACAGUUGGUGAAUUUUUUAUUUAAAUUUUUUAUUUUCCUUUAAUCAUAAUCACAAUUAUAUAUUAUAAUUUAAACCUAAUUUAUAUAUUAUAAAACUAAGUCUGUAUUGUCUGUAAAGAGCAUGCAUUCCACUUAUCAUUUUCUGAUGAAAAACAAACAAGUUAUGAUAGUUUAGAGAUAACAUAGUAGUGCGUAACAAAUAAGCAACAUAGAUUAUUCCAUCAGAACGCGGAAAUUAAUUCCGGAGAGAAAAAGUUAUUGUUAUUAGAUGUUGGUAUUAGUUGACUAUUUUCACAAAAAUUUUUAUGUCUUCAUGAAAAUAACAACAUUCAUUCCACUUCUUUUUCAGCUCUAAUGUACAGUGUAUUUGGAGUGUUUCUGUCCUUGGGUAGAGGAGUGGAUGAUGAACUAAAUACUGUGACUGCUGCCACUGCGACAGGCAUGCUAUACAAGUCUUCAGGUUAGAUGGCUUUGUCUUUCUUUUAUUGUUGUUGCUCUUACUUUAUGGCAAACAUUACAUUUCUGACUCACUUAAAUUCCAAAUCAGAUUACUAUUUUAACAUUUUACAUUAAUUUUUGAACUUGAUAAAAUUUAAUAAGCUUACACUAAUUUUGUACACUACGUUUUUGUAACUCCUUACAGCUGGCUGGAGAAGAUGUUUAAGAGGUGGAGGCAUAGGCUUUGGAUUAUCUGCCAUUUAUGUUCUCAUCACAAGCAAGGACAGAAUCAAGGGGAUGAUGGGGAGAUAAGGGAAGCCAGUUUUUCUAAUGAUAAACAUUUAUGAAAUUUGGUCAUCCGUAGAGUUAUGAUUUACCCAGUUUCAAUACCAGAGGCAUACCAAUAAAAAGUGAAGCUACUAGAGGUGGCCCUGUAUUUUGAACUUGUUUUAUAAUACAUUUUAAUUUUGAAAACAACUUCUCUUGCCUGUAACAAUGUUGGGUGAAAGUGCCGCAAAACUUGUAAGAGGCGUUUUAAAAUUCCAACUGGCAAUUAAAUGUUUUUUGAAACGCACAGCAAAACAUGUUAUGUUUUAAAACAAUAAAUAUUAAAUUACUGUAAAGUACUGUUACAAGGGGUAUCUUAAUUUUUUGAUCCGUUUUUAUUAAACCUGAAAGUCUCAAAGUAUGACAUAUUAAGACAACUGAACAAGGUCUAAACAGUUAUUAUUUAUGUGUUAUGUAAAUAUUUUCAAUAUCAAUGAUGGAAGCGUUUUCUUCUAUUGUAAUUACAUUCAUUUCAAUAUUUCAAUUGGGUUUUGUUGUUUGUUCAUUGCAAGUAACAUGCUUGUUUUAGAUAUUUGUUUCUUUUACAUUUCUCAUAUGCAAGCUGUUAGUAAAAUAUGUUAGUUCAUGUCCCCAACCUGGCUGCCGGGUGAUUUCAAGAUCUGUCAAACUAUAGUUUUUUUUAAUGAAUUCAGAGAAGGCAUUUUUUACACUGUCUUAAAACUUUUGGUGAUUGUUUAAUUUUUUAAACACAGAAUUUUAUAAAAUGAUCACAUAAUAAAGUAAGGACACUCUUAUUGGAAAUGUUAGUGGUAACACUUCUUUUAAAGCUUAGAACACUUCUUUCUUUUAUUUGAGAAAAGGAAUUCUCAAUACAUAAUAUCUCAAAAAAUAUUUUGCAAUAUUGUGCACACGGCAAUAAUUUAUGAGGUCAACUAAUAUUAUUAAAAAUGCAGUAAAUUGAAGUUCUCAAAAAAAUCACAUGACAGAAAAACAUUAAUAAAAUUAUGGUUUAGGGGAUGUAAAUGAUCUUUAAACCCAUUUUGAAAUUUGGCCAAACUUUUACAAUUAGUAUCUCGGUUUUAAGAAUUAAUAACAUGUUUCUGAAAAACAGAUUAAGAUGGCAAGUUUACGCACCAUCUCAGUUAGCUAUAGAUUGGGAAGUUGUUAGUGUAUUACAAACCCCCAGUGAACUGAUGUUUGUUAAAGACAACCCUACCAAAUACCCUUUGCCUUUCAGAAUCCCAGUUUGCCGAAUUCACUAAACAAAAAAAAUUAUUACGAGUGGGUUAAAAAACUGAAGAUGAAUAUCAAGUCAUCUCCCCUUUAAUCACUACCCAGGGCCCCAGUGUGAUCGGCCCACUAAAAUUUAAAAAAUGAGUUCGUAUCGCUGAUGCCCAAACCUAUCAGGAUCUGUCGCCCCAUAUUGUUUGCUGGUCCAUACACGACAUCUUUGUCUCACAGUUCUCACUUUUUUAACAUGGAUCAAUGUUGGACAUUGGGGCAUCAUCUGGCACAUUGUUAAAACUUAACACUCUGCUUGUAAAAAAUGUUAAACUUUUACAUCUUCCUCUGGUGUUUAAAAUAAAAAUUGUGUUUGUCGAAAUUGAACAUGCGCAUUUCCUUUUGAUUAAAAUUAUUCAAAAAGAUCCCCAUGCACCCUCGUGCUGGUAACUGCGCGUUAAAUCUGUGCUAUUUAACGGAUAUCUUGUUUCUUGGGCCUGAAAUAGACGUAUCUGGUGAGCAUGGAGACAAUACAAGGCAUCUGUUUCAUGGAUUCACUGAACUCUUUGUCACUGCACGAGGCAAACUCGUAGGCCACGAUUCUGUUGACGUGGGUCAACAUGUGCAUCAGUUCCAUCUUGGUGCCGUAGUUCUCUAAAACAAUGCAUAGUGCCUGGAUGAACCAGGAGCCGUCCUGGUUGUUGCGCCAGGAGUAGUAACCUGUGGACAUUUACAAAAUAGCUCUGUCUGACAUUGGACUGCCUGGUUAUGUGCAGGACAUGGCAAAUUUAAAUUCUUACUAAUACCCGGUAGUAAUAAUCAUACUACAGGUACCAUAUAAUAUUAUAUAAAUUAUGCCCCAGUUAACCAAAAUAAGUAUAAUUUAGACUUAGAAGAAGCUAGAUUUAAUAACACAGUAAAUAUCAAUGCUACUUUGAUUGUAUGGUAAUGUUGCCUUUAACAUAUGAAAAUAAAAGACCUCGAGCCCAAGAACUGGUGGUGUCCAUGUCAAAACAAAACACUCAACUCUCAAUUGUCAUUGUAAAUAAUUCAAGGGAGACAACAGUAGUUGUGGCCAUGUUGAUUUCCGUUUGAUUUAGAAUGCAGGGGAAAUAACUAGACUACGUGGCAGUGAUGAGUUCUGUUCAAUUUAGAUUACCAUGUCUUUUGGAGCAGGUACCGGUACAUUAGAGAACGUCUUUGAGCCAGUAGCUAAACAAAAAUAUUUUUCCAAGCUGCGUGUUUCUCUCAUUACCAAAAGUCUUAGAUUUCUUCUAGGAAAUGUGUAAAACAAGGUAUUAGUAUUAGGUAUCUUUACCGGUACCCCGGGUAUGGGAAAACCUGCAAAGAGGAUGCAACAAACAUUUCUUUUCAGGUUUUCCCAUACCAUGCUUGACAUUUCCAUUUAUCUAACCUGAUGCAGUCUCUCCCCAUAUUACCAUUAGAUUUCACCUAGAAUGAAAAAAAACCAACACUUUCAAAUGUCUCUUCCUCCCCCCCCCCCCCCCCCCCCCGUUUCCUCAAUUAAUUAAUGUAACUUGUAACACAAAAGCUUUCCUGCUGAUUAUGUAAAUGGUGUCUCACUGAGUAUCAUAUCACCAAGAAAGAAUGUCAUCAAACGACCCAUCCCCAUACUCACCAGGCACGGUUGAGUAGCAAAAUAGACAGUCGGCCUCUAUUGGUAUCUUACGCAUGUGCACGGCAGUAGGCGAGUCCGAGUUAUCUUCAUCCCCCGUGAGACUUGGCGAGACUGGAGAUCGUCUGCUAGAGGAAGGCGACGCGGGAGAUGGAGAUCGCGUUGUCCUCCCCCUGGAUGGGGUGUCAAGAUACAUGCUUUGUCGUCUGGUGUGACAGGCCUGUUGUCAAAGGCAAUGUGGACAUUUUUAGAAUUAAAAUAAAAUACAUUAGUAUUUAUUGGUUGGUAUUUUACAUGUUUCUUUUGUUUAUCAGCAGGGUGCAAGACACAGUUACAAUUUGGUGAAGUCUGAUAUUUUAAUGCUAGCCGAUACACCCGAGUUACACUACGGUCUCUCUUGAAUUUGAAAACAAAUACACAAUAGGAAGGAAUUUUGUGGUAACCUUGAUUGAAUUUUUUUUUCCCAUUUCACACGUUCUAAUUUCGCGUCAAAUUUCUUUGUGAACGCAUUAUUUUGUUUUACUAUAAUGUAGUACGUUCAAAAAGAAAUUUGACGAAAAUUUGAUCGUGUGAACUGAAAAAAAAAAAAAAAAAAUUCGACCAAAUUUCCUUUCUAUCAAAUUUUACGACGAAAUUUCUUACUAACAAAUUUCCGGGCACCGGCAUAUAGAUUUGAAUUUUGCAUCUAGUAUAAGCCUAAUUAUUAUCAUGGCUUCCGUUCGAUGCUAGCUAAACGAACAAUUUCUUUAUAAUAAUCAUCCUCAAGAAAAAGAAAUUAUAAAGGUCAUUACUUCUAACUUAGUGAGGGUACAGCAACACAUUAUCGGCUAACCGUUUUCCCUUAAGCCUUAAAUGCGGCUUUAUGGGUCGGGCUUUGCUCCCCCCCCCCUUUUAUUCCGAAUACUGGCCUUUGUCUUUACAUUAAGAGUACAUUGUUUAAAUAUUGGAUUAAAAUACGUUUAUUUGCAAAGAAAUCUACCUUACGUGGCGAAGAUUAUUAGUUCCUGCCAAUUUUCCCUGCAUAAGAGGAGUCUCAUUGAUUAUAUUUAGUUCUGUCCCUUAGAUAGGCAUUAAUUAAAAAAAAAAAAAGGAAUCAAAUGGCUAGUUUAAGUUAUAAAAUACAUUCCUAUUUCAAUUAUGUAUCAAUUAAAUAUUGUAAUAAAAAAUAUUGCCCUUUUUCUAUUUUUGCAAAAAAGAAUUUUAAAAAGACAACAAAACAAACACCAAAAACAUAAAAACAUAACCAUAAUUUCCUUCCAGUUACCUGGAUAAAGAAGAGUUUGGGCUUCCCGAUCAAAGACGGGCAUUUGUCUCCCUUGAAUGGCAGCACGAGGAGGUCGAGCGAGAUCUGUCCGUCCCUUGCAUAGACCAUUCCCUCCCUUC